UUUUAUUUUAUUUCAGUUCAAGACUUUUCUUUUAUGUGCUUCUACAAAAAUUUGUCGGCUUUUUUUUAUUUGUAAAAAAAAACUUUAAUUUCCAUUAAAACUUUAUUUGCUACUCUCUAUAACAAAAAUGUCUGAUGAAAAUACAAAAGAUGAUACUCCUGAACCUGCAUUAACUCCUCCUUCUACCAAAUCCAGCACAAUAGAUGUUACUCAUUUAAGUAUUGCAGCUGCUGCUGCUGCAGCUCCUCAAGAAGAACCACCAAAAAUAGAAGAUAUCGUUUUAAUCGAUCCGGAAUGUUUGGUUCUCGAUCUGAAUCAUCAUCGCAUUGGAGUGUUGGAAAAUUUUGAACCUCUUACCAAAAUUGAGAGUUUAUAUUUGCGAUGGAAUUUGAUUAAGAAAAUCGAAAACCUUAGCACUUUGACCACAUUAAUAGAACUCGAGCUUUACGACAAUCAAAUUACUAAAAUUGAAAAUCUCGAAGCUUUAACAAAUUUAGAAAUUCUCGAUAUAAGUUUCAAUCGUCUAACUCAGAUUGAGAAUUUAGAGGCUUUGCAAAAUUUACAAAAACUCUUUUUGUGCGCCAAUAAAAUCAGUACAAUUGAAAAUAUUGGAAUGCUAACUAAUUUGACCAUGUUAGAGUUGGGCGACAAUAAAUUGAGAAAAAUCGAAGGUCUAGACACUUUGGUGAAUCUUCGGCAAUUGUAUUUGGGUAAGAAUAAAAUCAAGAAAAUCGAGAACCUAGAGAAACUGGUAAAUCUCGAGUGUUUGAGUUUGCAAGCUAAUCGUUUGCUAAAGAUUGAAAAUCUAGAAGCUCUGGUCAAUCUGAAUGAAUUGUAUUUGUCCGAAAAUGGUAUUGAAGUGAUUGAAAAUUUGAGCGAAAACAAAUUAAUUGAAACACUGGAUUUGGCAAAGAAUAGGAUAAAAUGUAUUGAGAAUAUUGACAAUUUGGUAGAUUUGGAUGAAUUGUGGUUGAAUGACAAUGAAGUAUCUGAUUGGAAGAAUAUUGAAAAUCUGAAGAAGAACACAAAGCUUGCCACUGUUUAUUUGGAAAGGAAUCCUGUUGCUGGCGACAAGAUGUACAGGUUUAAAUUGAAAGACAUUGUGCCAUGGUUGCAGAAGAUUGAUGCGACGUUGUGUCGAUAACGGUUUCAUAUUGUUUUUUCUUCAUUUCUUUAAUAUUUAAAAAAAAUAUUUUUAGCUUGUUCAACAAGCAUCAUUGUGCUCUGUUUAACGUUAUUAUAGAAAUAAAACAAACCUACUAAAUGUAA